AUGAGAAAUAAUUACAUCAAUCUAGUUAUUGAAACUGCUUUAAAUGAGGCAGAAAUUGCCUUACUAGAAGGGGAAGUUCCAGUCAGUUGUGUUAUGAAAUUUGGAAAUAUUAUCAUUAAAACACAUAACACAACAAAUAAAUCAUGUGAUCCACUAAAACACUGUGAAUUAGAUGCUAUAAGAGAAUAUCAAAGAUUUCACAUGUCAAAUACAAAUGACAUAAUUAUGUUUAUUACAUUAGAACCUUGCACUAUGUGUUGUCGAAUUAUAACUGAUUUUAAAGAACGUUUCAUUAAGUGUAAUUUAAAACUCUUUUUUGGUGUUUAUAACGAUAUUUUUGGAAAUUUAAAAAUAACAGGUAAUACCUUUGGAGAGUGUAUUUAUGAUGAAAGAUGUAUAGAAAUUAUAAAAAGAUUUUAUGAACAGCAAAAUCCUAAUACUGUUAAUAUUUAA